AUGACUUUUGCGGAGUUCCUGGACCAAGUGGGGGGCAUGGGCCGCUUCCAGUUUAUCCACACCAUGCUUCUGUCCAUCCCCAUUGUGCUGAUGGCAGGUCACAACCUUCUCCAGAACUUCACCGCUGCCAUCCCAGGACAUCACUGCCAGAUCCACAUCUCCACCAACAGCAGUGGGUACCCCAACACCACUUGGCCUCUGGAAGCCAGCGACCUGCUCAGAGUUGGUAUCCCCACCAACGCCAAAGAGGAGCCGGAAAAGUGUUGGCGUUUUGUCCAUCCCCAGUGGCACCUCCUUGACUCCAAUUCCACCAAGGCAAACCUGACUGAGGCGGAAACCGAGCUGUGUGUUGAUGGAUGGGUGUAUGAUAGGACCACAUACCCUUCCACCAUUGUCAGCAAGUGGGAUCUAGUCUGUGAGCGACGGAAGCUUCGGGAUAUGGCCCAAUCGAUCUACAUGGCUGGCGUGCUGGUUGGAGCAGUGGUCCUUGGGGGGUUAUCCGAUAGGUACGGCCGCAAGCCUCUCCUCAUUUGGUCGUUUAUGCAAAUGGCCGUGAUGGGGACCUGUGCAGCCUUUUCGCCCAACUUUAUCUCCUACUGCAUCUUCCGGUUCCUGAGCGGCAUGGCACUCUCUGGAUUUGGCCUCAGCAUCGCCUGUUUGGUUGUGGAGUGGAUUCCCACCAAGUACCGCACCAUCACCAUUGCGGUCACUGGCUUCGUGUACACGCUGGGCCAGAUCCUGCUGGCCGGCUUGGCCUACGGCAUCCCGGACUGGCAAUGGCUGCAGCUGACUUUCUCGGUUCCCUUCUUUGUCUUUCUCCUCUACUCUUGGUGGUUUGCAGAGUCAGCUCGCUGGCUGCUCCUUUCGGGAAAGGCGAGCACAGCUGUCACGGUCCUCCAGAGGGUUGCCCGGGUCAAUGGCAAGGAGGAAGCUGGAGCAAGCAUCACCACAGAGGUUCUGCUUUCUAACAUGGAGAAAGAACUGUCCACAGCCAAGGCCUCUUACACCAUCUCUGACCUGGUGCGCACCCCAGCCAUCCGGCACAUUUUCUGCUGCCUCUCCAUAGUGUGGUUCUCAGUCAGCUUCUCCUACUACGGGCUGGCCAUGGACCUCCAGAAUUUUGGUGUCAGCAUCUACCUCAUCCAGGUCAUCUUCGGGGCCGUUGACUUCCCAGCCAAGGUGGUCGUGACCAUUACUAUGAGCUACAUUGGGAGGAGGAUCAGCCUCGCCUCCUUCCUCAUCCUGGCUGGCAUCAUCAUCAUCAUCAACAUCUUUGUGCCCACAGAUUUGCAAACGAUCCGGACAACGCUGGCCGUCAUUGGCAAGGGGUGCUUGGCAGCGGCCUUCAACUGCACCUUCCUUUUCACGACAGAACUCUACCCCACGCCUGUCAGGCAGACGGGGCUCGGUUUUGGCAGCACCAUGGCCCGGGUGGGAGGCAUCGUCGCCCCGUUGGCCAAGAUGAUGGAGGACUACUCUGCCGCUCUGCCGCCAAUCAUGUACGGAGCAGCUCCCAUCCUUUCUGGCAUCAUCGCUUGCUUUCUGCCCGAAACCCUUAAUGUCCCCCUUCCAGAUACCAUCGAAGAAGUAGAGAACAGGUCCAGAAAGAAGACUGGGGAAGAAAUAGCCCAGGAGAAGAUUUUGCUCCAGAGCCCAGACAAGGCCCUGUUCAAAGAGGCUUGCUGA